AUGAUACAAGCGGGCCGGAUAAUGGGAUCUGUACAGCUAAAUUUUUGGGAGGUAUUGGGCUGUUACUCGGAAUGGCAGUCCGGGGGUGGAGUGGAUUUGACGAGCCAUCCGGUUCCAAUCCCAGUUACAAUUGUUUUGAAUUUUUUCCAGGUUCAGGCACUUGUUCAAUCACGUCUUGGUCAGUUGAUAGUACAAUCAUGUAGUGUAUCACCGGAUGCUACUGAUUGGUUCAGCAUACGAAUUGAUGAACUAGGUGAAGUGGCUGCACAGUUACGCACAAGCAUCACAAAAUAUCCUCCGAACGCUAAUUGUUUCACUUUGGAUUUUCUGCUUCAUACUGCUGAUGGUGAUGUCCUACCUUUGGAAUCGUGGUGUGUUCGGUAUGAUUCGGAAUUGAUUGAUGGAAAUGUAAACAUAAGGACCGAAUUAUACCACCAGCUAGGGACACUUUUGAAAUCAGCAAUUGUAGCAUCACGAAUGACUCCAGCUUAUCGUUACUAUGUUCGCAAACAAGGCCCUGACACUUUCAUUAUCAUGUAUAGAAUUUACGAAAAAGAACCAGAAAUGGACUUAGGUGAAGAACAAAAAAAAGUUCGCAUCGGUCUGGUAACAUCUCCAUUUGGUGGAUUUUCUGUUGAUCUACUGUAUCGUACAAAGAUGGAAAUUGACCGUACAGCGACACAGGAAAUGAAUGUAAGCACUGUGGCUGCACCGCAGAAUAUGGGUACCAAUGAACAUCAAUUCAACAUGGAUGUAGAUGUCCCAAUGUUGAUUCCAUUCGGUCCUGUCCCUGUUCACGGUGGUGAAGUUGUACCGGUUAGUCCGGUUUCAAACCUUAUCAGCAUUUUCAAUAUUGAUCCUGCUAAACAGGAAAAGAUUGAUGAAUUAGUCUUAGAAACCUCUUCACGACGUGUACAUUUCCAUUUGGGUCAUUCUCGAUCCUCUUCAGAUGAUGCUUGCUGUCGUAGUGAUAUGUGCAGUGAUGAAAAUAUCUUUGGCUUAGACAGGAGCAGCAACCAACCAUAUAGCUCAAGUUUGCCACAUCGAUCAGCAUCAGUGAAAAACCGAUCAAGGACUCAUUCAUUCCCAUUUUCAACUUUGUUGACUACGGCCACGAGUAAUUCGAUUCCAGGUCAGGGAUUUCUGGAAGCACUGGAAGACAGUGACAAGAUAACACCGACUUCUUCUCCUAUUCAAUCCCCAUCACCAUCACCUACUCUUGUGGCUUCCGGUUCAACAUGUUGUGCACCAGCUGCACCGAGCCGUAUACAUCAGUGUGCUACUGUUCCUUCUGGAGUAAAUUUAAUGAACAAUGGAGCAAGCGAGAAGUUGGAAGAUGAUUCUGCUGAAGAAACGGAGACGCAGAGCGAUGAUGACGAUGAUGAUUUGACAAGUAGCGACGGCAGUUAUGUCAAGGUGGCAUUUGGAAGCAGUGAAAGUUUGGCAGAUGGUUUAGGCGAGUUCAUGAAACAGUGUAGGUCGGCUCCAACUCAUCUUUCAUUUCAAAUUGACAGCACGUCUGUAAUUCCUGAAUUGCUUAGGAACUUUUAUGGCUUGGAUUGGGAAAUUCGUCGGCUAGACGAUGUCGGAAAAUAUGAAAAUGAGGAACGAAGUUUAUAUCAUUAA